UCCCCCGUCAACCGCACAUCGUCAUCGGGCCCGCCACAGCCAGGCAAAGGUGAAGCCGAAAAGAGCUACCUCUGAAUAGCACGUGCAACCUCCAUUACGCUACGUUUGCCAUUCCACCUCGAAAGCCUCUUGAUCCUGACCAAGAUAAUCGAUACUAAGACUCCUGUUUCUCCUAUACAAAAUACACCUUCACGUUCUUUGCCGUCGAAGACCUGUUCUCUCAGAAUGGUAACCGAACUACCAUAUGCUCUCGAUGCUGAGACGUUAGUCCUUUGCUUUGAACAUACGACUAUUUCUAUAUCCUGACUGACGGCGACAGACCGCUAAAUGCCUCUGAGCUCAAUGUACUAAAAGCGCAAUAUGAGCGCGAGGGUGAGAUGGUUGGCAUCCAGACCAAGUUCAACUACGCCUGGGGCCUCGUCAAGUCCAACCAGCGAAACGACCAGCAGCUCGGUGUGCGCCUUCUCUCGGAUAUCUUCCGCAUCUCCCCCGAACGUCGCCGCGAAUGUCUCUACUAUCUUGCCCUUGGCAACUACAAGCUCGGCAACUACGGCGAAGCGCGUCGUUACAACGACCUCCUUCUUGACAAGGAGCCUGCCAACCUUCAAGCAUCCAACCUACGCCAACUGAUCGAUGACAAGGUUGCCCGCGAGGGGCUGAUGGGUGUCGCUAUUCUGAGUGGUGUUGGUGUUGCGGCCGGUGUGGUAGGAGCAUUUAUCCUGAGGAAUGCUAGGAAGAGGUAGAUGACGGUAUUGCUAAGGAGGAAAACGUUUAGGGACAUAUAUUGCAUGGGCGGUUUCUGGGACACUUUACUCACUCCUCACUAUAACCUCUGGAUUGGGCCCUCUUGGAGUCUUCACAUUAUGAGAUAAGUUAUGCUUGUACUACAAAAUGAAGCGACCAUUAUUACAUACGUUAAGCCAUUUUAUAUAAGUUUAUGAUUAAUCACCCUAAUUCCAUCACGAUAAUAAGGUGGAGGACAAC